GUUUUUUCUCGUGUUGACAUGAAACCUGAUUGGGUAGAAUUUUGACAAGCGUCAGUGGGUGAUUUCAAUGCAUUAACUUGGACAAAAAUAUCGUUAAAACUAAAAAGUAACAGGGACCAGCCAGCGAUAAUGGAUUUAAGGAGAAUUUCGGAACACACAGCCACCACAGCUAAGAAAAGUAAAAUACCAAAAUCAACAAUUGGAAAACCAAUGGCCACCAAAUCUAGAGGUUUGAAGCGUGCUACAUCACCAGUAAGAGGACCCCAGUCGGCAAUGAGGGGACAUCGGAAAGUCCUGGCAGAACUCCAGACCAGUGGGCUUGUAUCGGAAAGUGCAAUAGGAAAGGUCCCUAGUAAGAAGACUGUGCAGUUUGCAGCCGAGCGUGUUGGGAAAGACCAGAGGAUGACAUCAGAGGCCAGUUGCUUUGAAGACCAGUCAGGGAUUGAGUUUGAAGCAGACAGUGCGGCCUUAGACAGUAUUCUCAACGACACUGGCAUACAGGUACCUGUGUCUGUACCAGGGAGCGUGUCCAGACACACCAUAGCUACAGCAAUGAGGCGUACAAGCAGUAUGGCCCCUCCAGCUAGGGUCCCAGUGAAGGAGUUCCAGAGAGCCUGUGAGGAAGUUCUGAACAAGGGCAGCCAGCCAGCCCCCAAACGACAAAGACUAGAGAAGGAAACUUCUGACAAUAGCAACUAUAACUUAAAGCUGACACCAUCCAAGACAGACUUUUGCUCCAAGUUUGAUGUUCAGAAAUCCAGUCUGUUUAAACAAGACACAAAUCCCUUUGGAAGGCCCAGCUUAUAUAACCCGAGUAGACCUGUAGCUGAUGAGAGCAACCCUUUUACUGUACCCAGUCGACCGAGUCUUGCACAGCAGGUGUGGAAAAGGAAGAAUCAGGACUCUGGUGCCCCUGCUGUGGUGAAAACCGAGUCGUCAGCACAACCAGAUAUACCCAGAACAUCUUCCACUGAAAGUUCACAAUCAUGGACCCCAUUUUCUAGACGUUUCAGUCUAGCAGCUCGUAACUUCGCCCAGGAUGGUGCACCCACCAAUGGUCGGCUGAGUAUUAGUGCGAUGACACCUCGAAGAGUGCCCAAAACCGAGGGCGAUAGAAAAGGCAUGGCCAUAGCAACUGGAAGUGUGUCAUCAUGUUUUGGUUCAAAUGCAGUGGAAGACUCCUUGAAAGUGCCUAUAAAAGAUGAAAAAGACAGACAAUUAAUUGAUACUCGCACUGCUGGCACUUGUGUGGAAAGCUGGUCUCCAUUCUCCAAAAGGACCAGCCUUGCAGCCAGACAGGAGAAUCCAGCUCCAAAUGUUGGGAUUGGGAGACCGAGCUUAGGUGUGAGUUCAAUGACACCCAGGCGUGUCCCUAGAAGUGACAGUCUGCCGAGUGUUACUAAAAACUACAUGCCGUCAGUGGGUCGAAUUAGUUUGGCCAUGCAGACUCCACUGAGGGUUGUCAAAGAGGAGAGAGCGGAUGAAGACAACGGGGAUGCUGAAGAUUUUGAAGACAAGCUAGCUACAAAACUAGAGUUUGGAGAUUGUAAUGGGGAAUCCACUGAUGAGAGACAAAUUGAGGCUCCAGUCACUCCCAGCAACUUGUGGGGGAUCGGCAAUACUGUAAUUUUGAAAAAAGAUGGCAAUUUAUUAAGGGAACCUUUUGCAAGACAAAUUCAAAGCUACACGCCCAAAGGCACGCCAUCAAGGGUUCCAAGACAACCCAACACACCCCAGACAACUCCACCUGCAAGGGUUCCAAGACAACCCAACACACCCCAGACAACUCCACCUGCAAGGGUUCCAAGACAACCCAACACACCCCAGACAACUCCACCUGCAAGGGUUCGACUGCCCAUCACUCCUUCAACUCCCGCUUCAAGAGUGCCAGCCCAAAGAUGUUUCCAGGACCAGGAUGACAAAGAAAAUGUUGCUGUGAAACAUCCCAACAGGAAUGCCAGACCUACAAGAGAUCCUGAUGACAGGCAGGGGUCUGGCAAUGGAGACAUACGUAGCUACUGGAAGACUAAGAAGACACCCAGCAAGUCGCCCAUCAUGAAAGAGGUCUUGGUCAGGGAGGGCAUGACUGACCAGACAGAGCAGGCUGCCCCGACUGUAGAUCAGGAUGCUAUGCAAGCCAGCCCAAAGGAGGACAGCAGCACUCCCCAAGCUGAUUUACCUCCCCUUGAGCCUCCAUUAAUAAGCACUUCCUGUCAACAGACUUUUCCCAGCAUGCAACUUCCUAUUACUAGUCUGUCUCUCGCCUUGGAGAGCUCAAGCACUGGUUUCCUGCAUGAAAAUGUUGGUCUUAAAAACAGGAACCAGGCUAGGGACGGUUCUCACAAAAUCCAACAACAGUUUGAUUCCCAGUCCCAGCUGCAAACCAUUAUGACUAAACUGUCCACAUCAGCAGACGGUGCCCAUUCUGACUCAUCUGUUAUGACUCAACAGAAUCUGGAUCAGAUUGAGCUGGGGAGGUCCGUUAGCAUCGGCAGGGAUGUUGCACAAAGCAGUAGGCUCCUUGACAGAGCCACCAUUGUAAAAGAGGCUAAAGAAGCAUUGGCAUCUUACCAGGCUCGACACUUUCUUGGGAUAACGGUGCCUGAAGUGUCUCAUAAGGGUCUGUGUGACGUGAAUUUGAAUGUUAUGCUGGCGUCCAAUGACCUUGAUCUGGAAAAUGGCAACAUCGGUGUGAAUCAUGGCAUUUUGUCUGCAGAUUUGGGCAAUAAACUUAAUCAAAAUCAAAAUGAUAACAAACAGUUACAUUGUACUUCUGAAAUGGUGGUUGAUAACGCUAAUUCUGCUAAACGACCAAGGGGUAUCUUGGAUAUUUGUAUGCAAAAUGUUUCUUCAUCAGCCAGUCAAUCCUGGAUGACUUGUGAUCUCAGUUCAGAGAAGAAUCCCACAAACCUUGCACCAAGCAUGCUCAGGAAAAGUUCAUCUCAAGGAAACUCUGGUGAUAAUAAAACAUCCGACUUACACAGUUUUCAAGGUCAACACUCGCCUACUCCUAACAAACUGCCAUGCAAGCAAAAUGCCGAUAAAAACUUGAACAGUAUUUCCCCUCCGUUAUGGACACCACUGAUAAUGAAAUCAGUUGCUAAGCAAACCUACAUAGCAAAAACUGGAAACAAAGAAGACAUUAGCAACACCUUUGUGAAGAAAGAUCAUAUUGUUGAAAAACAGGUCCUUGAUAUUACUGAUGGGCAGGCUGUAUUGGGCUGUGAUAACGAGCUGUCGACUUCAGACGACAAAUCAGGAAUAUGCAUGCAGACGCCUCCAUCUGCAAAGCGCAAGUCCGCCUUCCAUAGGUACGACAACCGCUGUGGACUCACACCAACGAUUGGUGCACUUUCUCUGCGAGCGAACGUGGAGACCAGGAAACGCAGACCUUUAGAUAAAAAGUGGCAUGAACUCAAUCAACUGACGGAGCUCUAUUUAGCGUACCAAGAGGAAUGCGUCAACCGGGAGGUUGAGAGACUCUCAAUGUUGUGGAGAGGCCCAGAGUGCCUCAUGGACAGGUGCCCUGACCCGGUUGCUAGGAUACUACAGGAAGGGGACAACAUGCAUUUUUUUCCAAUUGAAAUCCAAGCUGGGGGUCCAGAGGACCUGACAAUUGAAGGGUCAGCAUUCAUCAGGGUUGCUGACCAGAGGUCAACUUAAAGCGGUCAGAGGUCAUUUUAGAGGGGUCACCGUGACAACUGUGCUGGUCAACUGUUAUUAAAAGACUAUUAUGCUGUCAAGUUUGCCUGGGUUUCAUUUUGUAUCAUUCAUGUAAUUUAUCUUUUUGGUUGUGUGUUUUUUUUUCUGUUUUAAAUAGCGUGACAUUUGAAAAAGCUUUCUGUUAAAGAACAAUAUAUUUUUUUUACCAUCUGGCAAAAAACCUAUUGCUUAAACAGUUCAGCUUAUUUAGUCAGUAAAGUUAAGAUUUUAAUAGAUGCCCAAAUCUUAUCUUCAUCUAUUUCAGAUUGAGGAUUCAAGAAAAAUCAUUGUACGAUUUUUAAUAAAAACACUUGUGUUUAGACCUGUGUAUGCUUGGUUGUGUUUGUUUUUCUUUGGUUGCCUUUUUUGUUUUUCAUUUUUCAAAACUCAGAUUGUGGAUCCAAUUUUAUUCUGUAAAAUGGAAUUGUUUUAUUGGCUCUAUUAUCAGAACAUAAUUACUUUCCAAAUUGCAUAAACACAAUAAUUAUAUAAUCAUAACAAUAAUUAUAUACACAUUGUUGUGGUUUUGAAAGAAGUAAACUUUUAUUUGUGUUUCUCCUGUUUAAAACUGGAAAUUUAAAUGUUUGGAAAAUGGUUGUAUAUACAGAGAGUUUGCAUGUAUUUUGUUUGUCAGUGUUGUCCUUAAUUUAUCAAAACCUCAGAGAGUUGUGGAAAGUUUUAUUUUAUAAAAUCUCUGCGCUUUUUUUAAAUAAAAUUAACCUAAGUUGUAUCCCAAUGUUGUCUUAAGUUAUUAGUUAAAUAUUGACGUAGUUAAGAAUGUAUAUAUAGCUCUAUUAUUAAAAUAUAGAUGCAGUGAAUGAUGUAUAUGUAACUGCUAUUAUUAAAAUAUACAAGCAGUUAAUAAUGUAUGUUUAACUGUUGAAGUUUUGAUCAGGAUAAAAUGACUUGAUUGUCAAGAGUGUCACUAAAAGCUGUUUGUGAACAAUCUGUAUGCAAUACUGUAAAUACAUGUUUAACCCUUUCCCACUUAGAAGCAAAGUGAAAAUAGCGAUGGGCAAACAGCCUAAAACCAGAACAGCCUGCCAGUUACUCUCGGUCUGUUUACUCGCAGUCUGUUCAGGUUUUAUAUUGUUUGCUGCUCAUGAGUAUCUAAGAGUUGGAAAUUGGGCCUUUAAAACUUGAAUUUAGUAAGAAAGGUCUUAAAUUACAAUUAACUUUCUAAGUGACUAAAAACGUGUCAAAAUACGUGUCUAAGUAGUAAAAGGGUUAACAGUAGUGACACAGGAGAGUAAAUCCUAUACCCAGCUUGUGAUUUUAUAACCAGAGAUGUAAAACAUGUGUGUCCAUUUGUUUGUGGAAAGUGUUCAGAGUAGUAAGUCCAGUUAAAUUGUAAAACCAGAUUGUAAAAUAUAAAUCCCUGUGAAGGCUUUUGUCUUUUGAGUCAUGUGUGAACUUUAGUAGUGGUCAUUGGAAAAUAUUAGCAGAAAAAUUAUGUUUAGAAUUAUUUUAUGUGUAGAAAGAUGCAUUCCAUAGACAUUGAUGUGUUUGAAAGUUAAUUGACACUGCAUUUAGCACUUAACUUGUAUAAUGCACAGUUGUUGCAUGGUCUUUAAGAUCUGAUAUACCUGGUUAUAUGUUGUAAGUUUAAUCCUCAAAUCCCAUAUAAACAAACAGUGGUGAUGUCACAAGUGUUUGUGUUGGUAACAAUGUUCUAUAGUGUAUAUAGGUGAUAUUGUAAUUGUUUCCAUGCACUCCAUACAUACAUCAUGUUUGUAACAUUUUUUAUAAUUUCACGUUUGUUUGUCGUUGAUUGACAAAACCUUUGGAUGUUUUGAAUUUGUUUGCAUGUAAUAUAUUUAUUUUUUUAAUAAUAAUAAUUAUAUUUAAAAAGACAGAACAACACACAAGAAACACAGAAACAAUAUUCAUAGAAGCAAAAACACCUAUUCUUACUGUUGCAUCAAAGAAUCUGUAUCAAUUCUGUGGUGGCAUGUUACAAUGAAUUCUACAUAAUGUAUGAUAAUUGCUAGAUGAUUUCAUCUAUCUUAAAAUGUUAGUUCUGACAAACAAAAUAAGGCCCAGACCAUGAAGAGAUCUCCCAUUCAGUUUGUGACUGACCAGAUUAAAGUAAGGUACCCUAGUAAAGAUUUUUUUCCCAGAUAUAUAUUCAUUUUGAUUGGAAAGCACUUAAAUGUUGUAAGAAUAAGUUUAAGAAAGCAUCCUGCAUUAGACUAACUAACACCAUUAUAGUGUUUAAAAAUGAAUCUUACACAUCGAUCUGGUCUGUUUACAAAGUAUGAAGCGAAUUAAGAGAAAUUGUUUAAGCCGAUCUGAGCAAAAAGUUUUCUUGAUGAGUGUUCGUUGUGUGUUGUUAACAUUUACCUUGUGGAUAUUCUCAUGGCCACAUUGAUUGCCCAAUGAUCAAGAAACUUGGUAGCAAUAUUUGUCCCAAUGAUAUCUUGGGAAAAACAACUAGGUCAAUGGGUGAAUUUAAAGAAAAGGCUUGUGAAUACUCUCGAGACCACAUUGAAUGCCCAAUCUUUAUGAAACUUGGUAAGAAGAAUUGUCCUAAUAAUAUCUCUGGUGAAUUUGAAACUGGGUAGGGAGGGAUAAAAAAAUAAUUCACUAGAUCAAAAUUAAAGAAAAUCUAAUGAGCACUAUAGGAGCCACAUUUUUUGCUUAACUUUUAUUAAACUUGCUCCGAACAAUAGUCGCAAUGAUUUAUGGGCAGAGUUUUGAACUGGUUCAAAUAUUUUGAAAAACUAGGACACUUGGUCCAAGUAACUCAAAAGCUUUUAAACACUCUAGAUCUUUUGGCCCAAUCACAAUGAAACUUGCUUAGAAUAUUUUUUCGAAUGUUAUCUUUUCAGAGAACUAAAAUGAUUUUUGAAACAUCGCAAAAGCUUAUCAAAACAGUUGAGUUCCUUUUGGUCUCAGGUGAGCGAUCAAUGGCCUUUGACCCUCUUAUUUAAUCAUCGUAGUUUCAUGAGAUGAUCCACAUUUUUGAAACAACAUUUGUCUUAGAUAAGCUGAAUAUACAUGUAAAUGAGUUGCUGAAUAUAUAGGAAAAAAAAUUCUCUUAAGAGUUUCGUAGAUGGACUUUAUAGCUCAUUAAAUUCUAUUUGAAGCCAAACUUCCAAGGGAAUCCUUGAUAUUUCCAACGCAGUGUGGCUAUAACCACAUAAGUCUGUUAGAUAUCAAUACAUGCAAUUUAUUGUUGGUUACUUUGGUUAUGUGUAGCAAUGGUAUACAUCUGCUGUUUGGUUGUUGGAACAAGUUUAUAGUUUAACUCAGGGCUAAGUAAAAAACUUGUUUUGAACAAAAUGUUAUGUUCGCCAAAGAUGUAUAUGAUUAUUAUUUUUUAUAUGUAACAUACUGUUAAAAAAUAUUUUGAAAAAAAAUCAACACUGUGUGUUAACAGUAAAAACAGAUUCUAGUCGUUGUUGUUUACACUGGAAAUCUGUAAGCUUUUUUUAACCUAUUGAUGGUUAUUUAUGAAGAUACCUUUGCACUAUCACUGAAAAUAACCUGGAGCUUUCAAAGUAUCAAAAUGCAUGAAGUGUUCUUGAAAACUAGUUAUAAGUUAACAUUUGUUGUACAUUACGUAUCCUGCAAAUGUCAACACAAAUCUAUGACCACAAACAACGCUACCAAAACAGUGUUUAUGUGCGCAUACUAGAUUUUGUAAAGAAGUACUCGUGUAUAAAUGGGGGAUGUUGUUAUAUUAGAUGUAAUUUCAUCUUGUGUCAUAAUCAUGUCUUUCAUAGUGAUGUCAUCUUGUUGGAAGAGUGCGCUGCAUGUGGAAAACUUGCACGGAAGGCAAGUUUAUUCAGUUUUCAAUGAUCUCACCAGUCAUACGAGUUCUUAGAAAACUAGGCGCAAUGCAUGUGCGUAAAGUGUCGUCCCAGAUCAGCCUGUGUCUGCACAGGCUAUUAAGGAGACUAAGACACUUUCCGCCUAAACUUGAUGUUUUUCAAAAAGAGUCUUUCUUUAAAUGAAAAAGACAAUAAGAGCGGAAUGCACAGGCUAAUCAGUAAGGACCUUUUCUGCUUGUAUGGUAUUUUUCCUUUGUAGGGAGUCUCUUCUCAGCGAAAAAUCCAGUUCAGGCAGAAAGAGUAUUUCUUGAUAAGCCUGUGAGGACUGCACAGGCUAAUCUGGGACAACACUACGCACAUGCUUUAAGCCCAGUUUUCCCAGAACAAGGCUCAUUUUCAAACGUGGCAGAAGCAGGUUUUCUCCAUUAUCUGCGGUACUGCUGUGUAUCAGUCCGCAGCCCAGAGGAUUGAGCUCAAAACAGUUGUAUCAGCAUACCAACAGGCUCCUUAUCUUAAAUUUUUCACAAUAUUUCGGUUCCAUUAUGUCUGUUGGUCUGUCCAUAUGUCUUAAGGUCUAAAAGUUUUCAUACAAUGUCCCCUGAAUUUCCUUUAAAAAAUAUUUUUACUAAUAAUAUCUUGAUCUGAAAAAAAUCAUCAAUAGGCAAAGGAGCCCUGGAAUUGUUGAAUUAUGGCCGUUGAAUUCUCGAAGAUGUACCUUUUAAGCCCAUUUUUUAUUUUCUUCAACAUGUCCAAACAAAUUCAUGGGCUCUUAAGCAGAAUGUAUAUAACCUCAUACAAUAGGGUAACCAAGCAGUGACACAACUGAUAUACCUACAAUUCUUGUUUCACACCAGAAACACUUGUUUUGUGCUCAACCCUCUGUCAUGUUCUCAGCAUUUUUAUUUACAUCAUUUCUUGUCUUGUACUCUUCACAAUCCUGUGGUUAAAAUAAUUGCCUAUUUUACUUGCCUGAUAAUUUUUUUGUAAUUCAAGAAUUGAGUACUCUAAUGCAUUAUAUAAUUGUUAUGGUGCCAUUUUUGUUGGCAGCAACACUUUUUGCAAAAUUGAUAGGAAAGAACGACCGCCUCAAUUUAUAUUGUUAUAUCUCUUUCUAAUUAUAAACAAUAUAUAUUGAAGAAUUAUUUUGUGCAGCUUGCAAUACAGUCAUUCUAGGAAAUUAUGCAAUUUAAUUUGAAAGACUACUGGCUGAAGUUAGUGUUUUUCUCAAAAUAACCAAUUAUCUGCUAUUUUGCUACAUGUUAAUGCUAUUUUUUAGUUAUCCUUUUUAUUAUUUAUCUCCUUUAGUUGUGGAAAUCGUGAAUUCGUUGAUCUAGUCAUAUAAUGAAGAGCAAACCUUAAAUCAAUAAAAUAAACUCGAAUGUAAAAUUGUAUUUAUGAUAUUUCUUUUAUCGAUGCUAUAUUUCAAUGUUGGUACAUUUUUUAUACCUAACCUGUUUUUGUGUUGAUAUGAAUACUAGUGAUGCAAGCUUGUAUUCAUUUAGUAUUUCUACUAUUCGGUUUCUCACAUUUUCUAUGUUGUGUUAAGUAAUACGGUUGUCAUAGUGGUUGAAUGAGUUUCUUUUUCAUUUGCAUAUCUUAAUAAUAUGCGAGUUAGUUAGUUAACAUUAAUUUUGCAUACUUUCAUAUCAAAAGACCUGUGUUGUGCCAAAUUGGGUCUUAUGCCAUAUGCUCCCAGUGUAGCUCCAAACCAGCCUGCGCAUUUGAGCAGACUGAUGGGCUGCUUCUCUAUGCGGGAUAAAGUCACACAAGGUUUUGUGGUCUUAUUAAGGGACAGGGGAGCUCCUGACCAGACGGUGUAGAUGUUACUGUAGGUUACUCUGGAGCUAUGCUGGCUGUAUAUGGCAUAAGACCCAUUUUCGCAUGAAUUGGGUCAUCAUUAUUAUAUGGUUGCUCAUCAGUUUCUAUGAUUUGUUAUUAUGUCCAUCAAGCUGGUUUGUGCCUUUUUGUUUUUACAUAAUUUGGAGUCUACCUACAACUUUUAUGUAUUCAUUGAGUUGAUCACGCCAUAUCUUGUUUACAUGAUAGUUGAGUUGUAAGGAAACGUAAAAGCAAAUCUUUUGUGUUAGAACAGAUGCAUUAUCAUUCAGAAUGGAAAUUCGCAUGUUAUCAUAUAUUAAAAAUAUGUAACUUAACGCAUAAUAAAGCAAGCAUAGCUAAAA